CAUGAUACCAGCUUCUUGUAAAGUUCAUAGUGCCUGCUUCAAUGCUCAACAAGAUGGCUUCUCGGUGGCCACUGAUUCGGGUAUACGUUUCUUCAAUGCACACCCACCUGUAUUGUUAAGGAGCUUCAGCAGAGAACAAGUUGGAGGAGUUAAGGUUGUCGGUAUAUUCCAUAGGUCUAAUAUUAUUGUCUUCGUUGGUGGUGGAAGUUAUGCAAAAUAUCCUUCGAAUACGGUUAUGGUAUGGGAUGACAAACAACAAGAAUUAGUCAUUGAACAGAAGCAAUAUCAAAAUCGUUUGUUCUGGCAGAACGAACGAUCUGGCUCACCUGACGGUGCUGAUGAUAUUUUGAAGUUCACUGUUGCUGGAGGACCAGUUCUGAACGUGUUACUAGCGUACUCAAAGCUAAUUAUACUUCAAGAAAGGAGAAUUCAUGUCUUUCAAUUUCCGAAUCCAUGCAAACUUAUUAGAACAGAAGAAAUUCGAUAUAACCCAACUGGACUGGCCGCGAUAGGUUGCGAUUUCAACGGUGCUUCACAAAUGUUGGCCUAUCCAGGCUUCAAGGUUGGCAGCGUGCAGCUUGUAUGCUUGAACAACAUGAGCGAAUGUGCUUCACUUUCACCGCGUGGCAUUGACGCUCAUCUUACCGAGAUAACUCAACUAGCACUGAACAAUCAGACGACCCUUCUGGCUACAGGUUCAACUAAAGGGACCGUUAUCAGGAUUUUCGACGCUAUUUCUUCCACUACUCGCUGCCUUAUGGAACUUCGCCGCGGAGCAGAUCCAUGUACUCUUCAUUGUUUGCAGUUUUCCCCUUGUUCCCGAUUUCUUGCAGUUUCUAGCGAUAAGGGUACCAUUCAUAUUUUUUCGAUUAGGGAAUCAGAACAUUCCAAGAGAGGCUUAUUGCACAAGGUCGGCUUAUCUAAGGGAGAGAAGCGGAGUUCUGUACAAAUCUCGCUAGAGCCGCGAGUCCUUGCGUGUGGUUUUAUCAGAGUCCUUUCAACCUGUCUUAGCAGACUCAUACUCAGAUUCUCUUUUGGUGCCGACGGCUCUACGAAACGAGAAGGUUUUGAUUACGUGAUGCAACUUGGCGAUGAGCAGGAGUUCUGGACAAGACCUUUUUAA